GUUCCGCCGGAUGUUAACCACAAGCCACAGUUUUAUACUCUUCCAACUUGAGCAUUUAAUCUCAAACUGCAGAAAAUGGUCGCAUUGUCUGGAAGUUCUAGUCGGUCCGCGUGGUUUUUCCUAAUUGCGCUGGUAACAAUGCAUCGAUCCGCGGGAAAACCGUCGCAGCUGAUAGUAUGCAGUCAGCCGGACAGUUUCACGGUCCAAAUAACCGAAAACGAAUAUGUUGUUUACGGCACCGAAUUAUUAAUCAGGUACAACCCACACGUCGGAAUUUUCUCCUAUCCCGAAAUCAAACCAGUGAAUGUUGCCUUCGACGAGACCUUCAUAGAAUUCAAAGGAUAUAUGUCACCUGAAUAUCCAUUAGCCAAACAGUUAUCCGAAAAACUUUCUUGGAACGCUAGUGGUAUCAUUUUAGGAAUCGGUACGCUCCAAAAACUAGGCAAGGAGGAUUAUGCAGUCCAAGACUGUCGUUUAUUUUUACCGACGAAUAUCAAAGGCAGCACUAAUCUACCAAGAACUGUGGAAGAGGCAAUUAUUUAUUACGUUCAAGCUUGUGCCAAAGAUCGUCUUUGUCAAAGAAUAGGGAUGAUAAAGGAGGAACAACUUCAAAAUAUCAAUAGAUACGAAGAAUAUGGACUUAAUAUAGCCCGAACUAUUUGUCCUAACAAUCCGAGAGUUGAUUUAAGCAUGAACAUGCUCGUGGACAUUCUUCUCAAAAAAGCGAUAAACUACGUUAAGCAGAACGGAAAAUCUAUAAUUGAAAUUCCUGACGUAACAGAAACAUACAACAUGGGACUUGGAAUGAAAUGUCAUUUCGAAACAGACCAUGGAACCUUCGAAGAUCUCUCGACUUUGAAAAGAACGGAAAAUGCAGUUAUAUCCAAUGUAGGGCAAACACAUAUUGUACAAGCUGGCUUUGGACUUUCCACGGCUAAGUUUAAAUAUAAUUAUUACAAGCUUAAAGUUGGCUUAAUGACGGUCUGUGGCAAAAUACUCGGAACUGUUGAUGGAUUAGGAAUAGCGGCAAAACUAGUCAUCGAUUACACUAAAACAUGCGGCGUGAAUGUGGAGUACGUCAAAGUGACAGAACUUGGCAAAAUCAAUCUAAAAAUGACUGGUCUAGGUCCACUCAGUAAUUUGACAUCCAAAAUAUUGACUUGGUUGACAAGAAUGUGGCAAGACAAAAUUGUUAAAAUGGUCGAAGUUAAUGUCAGGAAUAUUGCUGAGGAACAAUUAAGCGAAAUCAUUUGUGAAAAUUAUAAAAAUAAUAUAUAUACUUCCUUGAAUUAUACUCACGCAAGCCUUAUAAAUUAAAACAAUCUUUCGAACCAAAAAUUGUUAUAUUAAGUAAACCAAAAGAUAAACACGAAUUUGAAAAAAGGCCCACAUAUAUAUGAUAUACAAAUUUAAAAUACGAUAUUACUUGUACAAUUAAUACUUUCGCUUUUUAUUUCAUGUGAAUAAUUAUUACGUCAAAAAUUUUAUAAAAUUAGAUAUUUUUUAAAUAUAAAGAAUGACUUUAUA